CUGAUAGAACCUCUCUCCUCGGACGCCCAACCCGAUCAUGUCGAUGAAGACGGGGAAGUGGUCAAUGAGCCCGAGACGGAACAGUUAUCACCGCCAAAGGAUGUCCCUGCAGCCGCAGAUUCGACCACUCCUGCAGACGCUAUGAUUGCUCAAGCCUAUGUGCAGAAGCUAGUCCUCUUCCUUCUCGUGGUGGGUCUGGUCUUUUUUCUGUCAAGAAGGCGGAGGUCCGCUUGCGAUAAGUUGGAUGAGAAAAGCAUGGCAUGA